AUGUACUACAUACCCAAGCCCCUGAAGCCGCAUGGCGUUCACUCUGGCCAGGUAUUGGUGUCCCUGACUCGACAGUUUUUAAACUUCCUUGGCUGCAUCGUUGCAGCCAUUGUAUACAUAUAUGGCUUGAAGUAUCUCGAACAGCCAUUGACAUUCGACAUGAUGGUGAGUAUCAUGCUUGCGGAGUAUUGUCGAUGGGGGAACAACAAAAGACGCAAGUAUGCGGCCGGUAGUCUCGGACUGGCUGAGAAAGGCAAGUCUAGCGAGCAGAGUCUGGAUUGCGUGGCAGCUGUGGUUGGGUAUCGGGAAGAGCCUGCCAUUUGGCGGCAAGCAUUGGAGAGCUAUUCCCACGCUCAGAACUGCCGGUUUCUUCUCAUUUGUAUAGAUGGAGAUGCAGAGGAGGAUCGCGAAAUGGUCAAUGUGUUUCAAGAUGUGUACCCUGAAAGAUCAGCUUUGAUGCACCUGAAUAUGCCUUUGGCAGAGAUUGCCAUGCAGAUGGACCGAGUCAGAUCAGGCCAGACCCUAGACACAGAGAUAAUCGCCCAGUGCUGCUCCAUCGCAAAGACAGCUCUUGAGAGGAACAACAUCAAAUUGGUCGGCGACCAGGCAAUCACUAGGCUCUGUGUUAGCCAGCCACACAUGCACAAGAAGGGUGUGAUGUUUACCUCAUUCAUAAUCUCCCUGGUCCUGUCAGACAUCCUUGACAUCGAAUUUCUCUGGACAUCCGACUCAGAUUCCUUGGUAAUGCCAGACACUCUGACGCAAACGAUGGCGACGUGUGCCGCAGAUCCAGGUAUCGGAGGCGCAAGCACGGCACUCACUAUCCACAAUAGAGAUGAAACGGUGAUUACCCAGCUCGGAAAUGCUGUCUACCUCAACGAACUGUAUCUGGCACGAUCCUUCACCGGUGCAGCUGCCGCCAACGAUUGUCAAAGUGGACCAUCUGCUGCCUUUCGCUUCUCUGCUGUCAGCGGAGAGUUGCUUGCCUGGUACAAACAGAGUGUGCUCGGACAUUGGAUGGUUGUCAACGAGGAUCGACAUCUGACAACACGCCUUCUUCUAAAAGGGUGGAGGGUAGUCUUCGCAUCCGACGUGAUGACUGCCACCGAGUCACCCACAACCUUCAGAAGAUGGUUGCUGCAACAGGUUCGCUGGGCUCGAGCCGUCCACGUCGAAAGCUUCCAUCGACCAGACGUCUACCUGAAGCAAUCUCCCAUCCUGUUCUUCGCUGCUCUCCGACGACAAUUUACCGCCUUUGUCAUGCCAGCUGCUGUCGUGCUGUACCUCAUUUCCGGGGUUCUUCUUCUCCGAGCCUUUUCAUUCCAGGAUUAUUUCUACCGACUGGUCUUGACGAUAACGUAUCUCGCCCUUCGUAACCCCUAUCGACCAACGGCAAAGGAGUGGAUGUGGAGUCUUCCUGCGAAUUUUUUUUAUCAUGUCCCGUUGCCUGCAAUUCAAGUGUGGAGCUUUCUGACCAUUCUUCAUGAUUCUUGGGGUACUACUGCGAGAUCGAGAACGGAGGCUGCAAAGCAGUCGAAGCUGCGUCUGAAGAUCUGGGAAGUCGGGUUUUUCGUCUUCUGGAUGGGGAUCCUGGGAGGUGCUGCCGGUCGGUAUGUGGCUACCUCGUUGAUGCCAGGCUCGGCGGAUGUGGUCACAUUUAAUAUUUUGCUUGGAGUGGUGCCGGUGUGGGUGGUGGGUGGAUGGUGGAUGGUUGUUGCAAAGUGAUGUGCUAAGAUCUCACUUGGUGCUUCAAGAUGAGGAUGUGACUUAUUCGAACGUAGAUUAUGUUGUUUAGUGAUACUGAAGGGUGCCAGUAUAUAUGUACGAGAAGAGUUGAUAAGGUGACAGCGGACAGGAAAGAUGAAGCGAUCGCAGGAAAGUCUUGAUCACCUGAUUGCAUGUCUACGUCUGUCACACACCAUGAAUGAGUUGCCAUAGUAUCUGUCCAAAACAGUGCCUCAUAUUGAUCAGAUCAAUGCAGUAUACUGCAUAUGUAUUCACCUAACAACAUAUCUACUUCCUCACCGACGCCAACUUCGACUUGGUCUUCGCCACCGCAGCCUGCUCAGGGAAAAUCGUCUUCACACUAGGAUGUUCCCGAGUAGCCUCCGCCCAGCGACUAAAGUUCUUCACCUCC